AGAUGCAGGGUGCAGGGAGGCACCCCCAGAGCCAGCACAGGGUAGAGAUCUGCAGUUAGCAUCCCUGCACUGCAGAAAAAGCAGCACAGGGGGAAGAGACCCUCCAGCAAAGAGUCCUGGGGACCCUCUGGAGGCUGGGGGCACCUGUCCUGGCUGCUCUUCACCCAGGGUGCAGCAGCUCCACAGCCCCACAGCGAGCAGCCAGGCUCCUGUACCCGUCUGGAGGCAGCAGGAGGGCCGGGGGCAGAGUGGAGAUAAGCCACGGCAGACAGCUGUAGCUGGGAGAAAGGGGGAUUGAGGGAUUAUGGCCAGGAGCCCGUUAAAGCUAGGGAUCAGUCUUCUCCCCCCUGAGGAGAGGAAAUGGGGCCUCUGCCCCACAGGAACUAAUCUGCUUUUUAAUGAGGAGCUGGGAAUUUUGUUGUCAACAACCAGCAAUGCCUGCCCAGCACUGUGGGGGUGCAGCACCAGGCUGGGACCCCUGGGUGAGGGGCAUGCCCUGCACCAGCAGCCACCCCAGCUUCUGGAACCACCACGUUUGCCAUCAGGAAAAGACAGCCCUAAACCAGACAGGGCUCUGCCAAUCCUGCCUGAGGAGCACUCUGCCUGUGCCCAGCUCAGUGCCAGCCCACAGCAGCCCCCAGUCCCUUCACUGGCCCCAUUCUCUCUGGUCCUGCAGAAGCCAACAACAGCCCUGAGGUGGGCUGGGGUUUCCUGCAUGUGCUGAACUCCCUUGGCCAGGCCCUGCUCCCCUGGCUGGGUGCUCCUGGGUUUGGCCUGUGCACCCACAUGACAGAGACUGAGCAGAGCUGUUAUUUCUGUCCCCAGCUUGCAGAUGAAAAAGAUGCACCAAGUCAAAGAUUCAUGACAGCUCCAAAGUGGGGUCGCACUUGCCAUCUUGCCUUCCUCCCCAGGGCUCCUCCCCAGCACCAGGACAAGGCUGCACCUUUUUCGGUAUCGGGAGCAGCACGUGGUCAAACCACAUGUUACAGAGAGCUGAGACACCAAAGCUUCAGACCCAGCAGCCAGGGGAAAGGCUCUGCGGUGCCAUGACAGAGCAGGUGACUCCCAUCUCAACAGAGCUGAUGGCCACCUCUGACUUCUACCCCUGGGAGGGUGACUACUCGGGCGAGGGCAGCCUGCUGCCUGAGCUCUGUGAGAAGCAGGCAGUACAGGGCUUCAUCCGCAUCUUCCAGCCUGCCUUGUACCUGCUGCUCUUGCUGCUGGGCAUAGUGGGGAACGGGCUGGUGCUGCUCACACACACCUGCUACCGCCAGGCACACAGUGUCACCGAUUUCUGCCUGCUGCACCUCGCUGUGUCCGACCUCCUGCUACUCCUGAUGCUGCCCUUUGUCAUCACUGACGCGCUGCAGGGCUGGUCCCCAGACACAGCCAUCUGCAAGGCGCUGCAGGGGCUCUACGCCCUCAACUUCUACAGCGGCUUCCUCUUCCUCACGUGCAUCAGCGUGGAUCGCUACGUGGCCAUUGUGCAGGUGCCAACCGCCUGCCGCCUGCGCCCCCGGGCCCGCCGGCACGGCCGGCUGGCAGCGGGGCUGGCCUGGCUGCUGGCCGUGCUGCUAGCACUGCCCCAGUUCAUCUUCAGCCAGGCGGAGCAGCACCAGGACCGCCGCGUCUGUCGUGUGGUCUUCCCCCGCGCGGUCUCACAGGCAGCCCGGGGAGCCACCAACCUGCUGCAGGUGGUGCUCAGCUUCGCGGUGCCCGGCCUGGUGAUGACAAUCUGCUACGCAGCUGUGGCACGGACACUGCUGGCGGCCCGCGGUGCGCAGCCCCAGCGGGCGCUGCGGGUGCUGGUGGCCCUGGUGGUGGUGUUUGUGGCCCUGCAGCUGCCCCACAGCCUGAUGGUGCUGCUGGACGCGGCCGAGCUGCUGACCAGCUGGGAGAUGAGCUGCGCCCAGAGCCGCCGCAAGGACCUGGCGCUGCUGGUCACGGGCGGGCUGGCGUACCUGCGCUGCUGCCUCAACCCGCUGCUCUACGCCUUCCUCGGCCAGCGCUUCCGCCGGGAGCUGCGGCUGCUCGCCAGCGACGCCGGCUGUGUGCGGUCCCUGGACCCGCGCCGCUCCGGCUGCUCCAGUCCCCGCCGGCCGACAUCGCUCUCCACCUGCCUGGACGCGGUGUAGGAGCGCGGUGCCCGCUCGGUCCCUCCGCGACUCCCCGGGGACAGCCCCGUCCGUGCGCAGACCUGCCCCGGUGAGCACCGUGACACAGACAACCCGCAGGGCACCUGCACACGCCUGAGCAGAGCGAAGAGCAGCCCCGAAACCCACUGCACGCCCUGAGAGUGCCUUCCCUGCCCGGCUCCCUGCAGAGCCCCCGCGCCGCGGGCCGUGCAAUGUUUCGCGUGCUCCGGGGGUCCGGGCGGUGCCGUGAGCCCCGCUCGGUGGGUGCAACACCGGGGCCUGGCAGGCAGCCGGUUCUCACUCUCACAAUAAACCCCGAAUGAGUCUCGGUGGGCGAGCGCGGUCUCCGUGCGGGGUGACGCUGCCCCGGGGGGGUUUGUGGGGCCGGGGGCGGCUCCUUGGCCACCGGCACCGGCGGGCGAUGCCUGCAGGAGGCAGCAGAAGCUCGCGCUUCCUGCUCGCCCUCCGCUCGUCCCCGCCGCUGGAGGGACAGGGAGCCCACGGGGAGGGAGCCCCCGGAGAAGGGACAGCAGAGACCCCCGAAAAAACCCUCCUUGGGUCCUGCACCCAGGGCGGGGCAGAGGGAGGUUUGUCUCCCCUCCUCACUCUCCCCACGAGCUCCUGUGCCACGGCACAUCCCGGCCCAAGGCUGUGCGGCACCACGGUGCUGCGCUGGGGCUAGCCCGGCCCGGACACGUGGCGACCAACACAU